AUGGCAGCAAUUCUUAUGUCCGUUGCAGCAAAUGUUGCAGGAAAAGUUGCAGGGUACCUGGUUGAUCCAAUUGUACGUCCACUGGGUUACCUGUUUAACUACCGUAGCAACCUUGAUGAGCUUGCGAAACAAGUUGAGAGGCUGGGUAAUGCAAGGGAGAGGCUGCAGCACGAUGUGGAUGAGGCUAAUAGGCAAGGGGAUGAUAUCGAAAAUGAUGUCCGGGAUUGGCUGACACGUACAGAAGAGAUCAUCCGAAGGGCAAGGGUAUUGAUUGAAGAUGAAAACGCUGAAAACACAAGCUGUUUGUGUUUGAAUUUAAAGUUGGCGUACCAGCGAGGCAGGCAAGCGAAGGAGCUGUCUGGGGAUAUUGGUAAACUCCAAGAAGAAAAUAAAUUUGACAGGGUAGCAUUUCCCCGUCCUCCACAACGGAUAUGGUCUGCACGCCUCAGAGAUUGUAAAGCUUUGGAAUCAAGAACAUCUAUUUUAAACGAAAUUAUGGAGGCCUUGAGAAAUGGUGGUAUCAGGAUGAUUGGUGUGUGGGGGAUGGGCGGUGUGGGCAAAACCACUCUUGCCAAUCAAGUAGCGGAAAAGGCCGAGGAAGAUAAGUUAUUUGAAAAGGUGGUUAUGGCAAAAAUAUCCCAAAUUCCAAACGUGACAAACAUUCAGGAAGAUAUUGCAGGUAUUUUGGGGUUGAAAUUUGGGCAGGAAGGGGAAUUAGCAAGAGCACACCGCUUACGUCAAAGUUUGAACAACCACAAGACGGUCCUGGUGAUUUUGGAUGAUAUUUGGGAGGAACUUCGGUUGGAAAAAAUCGGAAUUCCUUAUGGAGAUGCUCAUCGUGGGUGUAAAGUGCUGCUGACUUCCAGAAGCCGGGGUGUGUUAUCUGGACAGAUGGGUACUGAGAAAAUCUUCCAUGUUCGACAUUUACAUGAAGAGGAAGCCUGGAGUUUAUUUAAGGAGACAGCAGGUGAUCCAGUGGACGAGCUUAAAUCCAUAGCAAUUCAAGUAGCUAGAGAAUGUGCUGGUCUACCAAUUGCCAUUGUAACAGUUGCAAAGGCAUUAAAGUUCCAGAGUAAUUAUAUGUGGAGCAAUGCUUUGCUAGCACUGCAGCGUUCUGCAGCAAUGAAAAUCGACGGCGUGCCUGAUAAAGCAUACGCUUGUCUGAAGUUUAGCUACGACUACUUGGAAGGUGAUGAAGUGAAGCUUUUGUUCUUACUUUGUGGUAUGCUGGGCUAUGGUGAUAUUUCAAUGGAUCAAUUGUUAAAAUAUGGCAUAGGUUUGGAUUUGUUUGAAGACGUGUUUACAGACGUGACUUCAUUGGAGCAAACAAGAAAUAAACUACUGGCAUUGGUCAAAAUCCUCAAAGACUCAAGCUUGCUGCUUGAUGCUGAAGAUAGAAAUCUGCUAGGUGUGGGGGGGCCAGGUGUGUUUUUGGGAGACAAUUAUGAAAACAGGUUUGUCAGAAUGCAUGAUGUUGUUGGUGAUGUUGCCAGAGCAAUUGCAGCAAAAGAUCCUCAUCGAUUUGUUGUGAUCAAAGAAGCUCGUGGAUUAGAAGCAUGGCAAAAGAAGGAGUUCAGAAAUUUCCGUCGUAUAUCUUUGCAAUGCAGAGAUCCCCGUGAGCUUCCGGAAAGAUUGACACCUUUUUUGAAAAGACGGAACUACUAA